GCCUUGGGCAGCCCACGCGACCUUGUGGCGUCGCCAGUAGUCCUGAUUUACAAUCAUCCCGCUGCCAUCAAACGGGGCCACUAGCCGGCUGUGUCUCCUCACCACCCUUCUCUCGGCCAAUGGGACCACCACACAACUCUGGCACGCUGGUUUCGGUUUGCUCGGCCAAAAGCCUCGCGGAUGGCGGUUUAGUCGUAAAUGGCGGGGCCACAUGCGUGCACCCUCAAGAUCUUCGAUGUCCAUCUGAGUUGCGCCAGCUGCGCCCGCUGCGCCAGUUGACACUGUGAAUGUACUGCUCGCCGAUUCGCCAGUCUGCCAGUACACAGCACUGCGUGGUUGAGUGGCCACCGGCCACCGAUGCCACCGAUGCCACCGAUGCCACCGAUGCCACCGAUGCCACCGAUCUGCUUCUGCCCUGCUCCACAGGCACAGGCCCGCACAAUUCCAUCGCUGUCUGCCAGUCGCUCGCAACCACAGCUCAAGGGCCCAUCCUACAGGUUCCGCCACGGAGGCCCGGUGGUGCUGCAAAUUGCAGGAAUACGCCCUUGCCCGUCCCCCGUUUCCGCUGUCUGCAGCUCGAGACGCAGGUACCACAACCUCAAGAGGGAAGAAACGCCCUGCGGCGGCCACAUGUGUGAUUUUCCUCGGCGGUGCUAUUCUCGUCAUUUCCGAGACAACCGCAGCUCAGCGCCCUAUUACCACCACGACAAGGAUGGCGCCUCAUGCCUGGCGACUGGAAAUGCUCAUUCCCACGGCGCUCGCUGCCUCCUCGACUCGAACGUCACAUCCCAGUGGCUUCCUGCACUAGCUGUUCAUCACGUUCUUACCGUUUCACGACGCUGCUUAUGUCAUUCUGGCACAGGCACCUACUGUGUAGACGGGCAGACGGGUCGCAGCCCUGACGCCUCCAUCACAACCGGGCGUCGCAUGGCCACCACGGCAUGCGGCCCAUUGUACAUUUGUCCCCAGCUUGAACGCGCAUGGCUGCUGCUGGUUACGGACGCCUUGCUGCAAGGCCAUUGUAGGCCCACUGCCGCUCCUACAACGGACCGAGGAACGACUGGAAAGAUUGUAUACCACAGUAAAAGAAAUACCCCGGACCAGGAGGGUGGAGUCGCCCUCGGAGCUGCUUCUUGCGCGCUGGCCUCACAGUACGGAGUAUAUCGACAAGGCCAGACCAACAGUUGCGCCGAGCAUGAGGUGAGGCGCCGUCUCUGCUAUGCCAUCAGCCAUCAGCCACCAGAUGCCGCGGUCAAAUGCGUCUCGGGCUCAGCAUGCACUGUACUGUACCUGAGACUCUUUAUGCUCUGUGCACUAUGCUCAUUCGGGAAAGCAUCCCCGUCUUGGGCAAACUCUUUCGCCAACGCUGGCGUCUCCCCGAAUCCAUCCGGCUCGGUGACAACCAGACAGCAGACACCAGACAACUCGCAAGCGGCGAUCCUCAGGAAAUUGAGACACUGUUGGGCCAGUCUCGGCUGGACCUGUCGUCAUCUUCAUUUCAGGAUGACUCGGAUACGAAAGGGCAGGUUUUCCAAGGCCCGUCUGCGAAAAGGCCAGCACGACAGCUCAGCCAAUGUUGACGCGCCGGGGCUCCACCACGGCCAGCCACACCCGCGUCAGUUGCGCGUCAAAAAAACAAGGCCAGGCCAUAGUACGGAUGUGGACUGCCCCGUUCUGCCCGUCUGCCCGUGUGCUCCAUGCACGUCAACAGGAGCAUCGGCCAGGCCUCGGGAUCUGAAGUGUAGAUGUCUGCGAUCAAGAGGGGUCAUUGGUGCGAGGGCUCACAAGACGGCAAUUCGCACGUUUGACGAUGCUGCGGCUUGGAUGUCCCGAGGGAGAGAUAAAAAAAGCGAAUGUCAGCUUGGUCCUUCUCUCUCAUUUGCCAAUCAACGAAAACAAGAACGACCAGCAGAACCACGCAGAUUGGGCACUCGUCAAAUCGCGUCGCGCGUCAUGAGGCCCCGGGACACUGCAUUGGAACUUCCUUUUGGGCGACGUGAGGGCUCAGAUUUGCCGCGGGAACAUCGGACCGCCCUCGAUAUGAUCGGUGGCCGCCCAGUUAAUCCCGCUGGCAUAGAUUCAUGUAUCCACGUCACAGUGGACACAUGCUCCUGGAUAUUUCAUGUCUUGCUUCUCUUCCGUGACGAGCACCACUUCAUGGGGCGGACUGUGUCUGUUGUUGCACCGCAUGCCUGCGUAGUGUCCACUCGUUUCCAGCCAGCUGGCUUGCGCAUGUUGGAAGCCAUACUACAUGUCGUGAUUGUUCCCGAAUUGCGAGACAUAGCAGAGCGUUCCUGCCUGGGCUGGCAUUCGCUCAACCAAGCGCCCAAGGGUCGGCAACUUCACUAA